AUGUGGGGCGCAAUCACGGGGCAGCUCGCGACGUAUGCUGGCGAGCUCACGAACGACCUGCGCGAGAUCGUCGCUGCGGGCGACGAGGGCGCCGUAUCGCCUGCCGAAGGCCUCUCGCCACGCGCCCAGCCGCGGUCCAUCGGCAAAGGCAACGACGACGACGACGACCUCGAUGCCUACGUCCUUGACCUCGAGCGGUCGCUCAUCCGCAAGCGCCAAGAGCAUGAGGCUGCGCUCAAGGAGAUUGACGCGUUGCAGCAGCGCUUGGACGCCAUGCCGCCACGCAGCCAGACGCGUGAUCCUGACGCGAUCAGCCGCUUGGCCAAGACCGAAGACGAGAACAAAGCGCUAUUGGGUGAGGUGGCCAAGCUCCAUGCGGCGGUUGCCGCCAAGGACGCCGAGCUCGCGUCACUGAACGAUCAAGUCGCGUCGCUCGUCCUUCAAAACCAAGCAAUCGAUCAAAAGCUGUCGCAGCUCCAAGCUGAAACCAAGGUGGCGCAUGCGCUGCACCAGACAUCGCUCGUGCUCGCCAUGACGACGCUCUCCAAGGUGCUUCCGUCCGGCGCGUCGCCAUCCGAAGCAACGACAUCCUUGUCCUCGACGGUGGCCGAGUAUGCGACGCGGGCGGCGACCCGCAUCUCGUCCCUCGAAGGUGAUGUGAAGCUGCUGAAAAACGCCCUGCACGCCUUCCUCCUCUCGCACGACGCCCGUCUCGACGCGACGGCGACGGUCGCCGACUGGACGGUUGCCGCCAAAGCCAAAUUGGAUCAGCUCACACAAAAGAUGGUGGCGGAUCAAGACCGCGCCGGCCGCCUCGAGCAGCAACUGAGCAUCACCAGCAGCAAGCUUGCGCAGACGCAAAAGACCCUCGAGACGCACAUGCUCGAGCACGACGCCCUUCAAGACGCCUUUGCUGCGACGACGGCCAAGGCCAAAGAAGCGACUGCGGCUGCCAGCCUCGUGCCGGAGAAGGACGCCACGAUCCGAACGCUGCAGACCAAAACCAAGCAGCUGCAACGCCAGAACGACCAGCUGACCGACGAAGCGGCCGAGCUCGCCGACCAGCUGGCACAACUCAAGCGCGUUGUGCACACGCAAGAGUCAUCGCUGCAGGAAGAGAUGCACGAGAAGGAAGAAGCGGCGAUGGACCGCCUCGCCGAGCUCGAGCACCUCGUCUACUCCCUCAACGAUGAGCUGAAAACGACCAAGGAGGCCUAUGCGCUGGAGCAAACCCAAUGGAUCGAACAUGCACAGGCGAACGCGAGCUCACUCACCGAGCAAGAGACCUUUGAGCUCACGACGCAGCUCACGCUCCUCCAAGCCGACAAGCACAUUGCGGAACAGGACGCCGAGCGGCUGCAGACAGAGCUCGCGAACGCACACACCAUCUUUCUCCAGUUUGAGGCCGACCGGAAGCGCGAAGUGCAAGCGUACGAAGCUCAAAUCGCCGCGUUGCGCGCGCCGGCACCGGCGCCAACGUCCGAGCACGAGGUUGACCUCAAGCGCGUGCUCGGCAUCUUGGAGAAGAAGCAAGUCGAGUGCGACCGGCUGCGCGAGGCCCUUGACCGGACGGCGCAGCAUCUCGGCGACGACGUCGACAACAUUGACAAGCGCAUGGCCAUCCAAAUGAUGAUUCAAUUUCACGAGAGUCCCAACAAGCACGACGUGCUCGAAGUCAUUGCGCGCAUUCUGGGCUGCACGGAGGACGACAAGGAGCGGUUGCUUGGGAACCCACUGCGACUGCAGCUGCGGUCGCUCGGUCGGCUCUUCCACGGCGCGUCGCCGGACCCGCCCGUCGACGUGGCUGGCAAGAGUUUUAGCGACGCAUGGACCGAGUUCUUGCUCGACCAAGUACCCUCUGAAAAGUAAUCCAGCACGUCGUUGGCAUUGGCGCC